AUGGAGGUUGCUGGGAGGCCCAGCACUGCGUCGGAUGACUGCGAGUACCUGCCGCCCAUAGCGGGCUAUGCGGCCGCGCUGCCGCACAUCCCGAUCCGACGCGGCGUGCCACGCUCGGGUGGCGGCGGCGAUAGCGACUUUGAGUAUGAAGGCAGCGACAGCGACUACUCGGAUGACAGCACCAGCGCCGCCGGCGCGCGCCGCCGCCGCAAGGCCGCACCCUCCAUGGGCAUCAGAAAGCCCAGCAGCGGCGGCGCGGGCGGCACGCGCGUGCUGCACCGCUGGACGGCGGAGGAGCACGCGCGGCUCGAGUCCCUGGUGCGGCAGUACGGCACCGAGCGCAACUGGGCGCUGAUUGCGGAGGGCAUCAGCGGGCGCAGCGGCAAGCAGUGCCGCGAGCGCUGGCUUAACCACAUGCGCGACGGCAUCAUCAAGGGCAACUGGCUGGCUGACGAGGAGUUCCACCUGGCCCUCUGCCACACCCUCGUCGGCAACCAGUGGUCUCAGCACUGCACCCGCCUCCGCGGCCGCACCGAGAACUCCAUCAAGAACUACUGGAACGCCACGCUGCGGUCGAAGCAGGCCAACAAGCGGCGCGGGUUCCUGUGGUCCUACAUUGACAAGGUCAGGGGCGCCCUGGACGACGAAGGGCUCAGGCACCGCGCCUUUGCCGACACGAUGGAUCAUUCCUUGACUCACGCACCCUGA